UCCACACACACUCUCUUAAAACUUACAGUAUAUCACUCACUACCAGAUAUACAUACAAGUUAAUACUUACACGUAUAUAUAUACAUGUAUAUAUAUAGCAGAGCUCAGAGUGAGUAGUACUAUCCCAUUCACACUUUCUCUCAUCACUCCUCUUCACUUUCUUACACUUCCCACUCACUGCAACUGUUGUAAUAUAUAAUUCUCUCCAAUCCUAAUUACAAUUCUUGUGGGAUGAUGGAUAUGGAAAUCUUGGAAGACUUCUCGGGGUCCAACGAUCAAACCAUCGUUAAAGGGAAGCGCACCAAACGGCUACGCCAGUCGUCCUCCGCCUCCUCCAGCGGCGGUGGAUGUGUCGGUGGCGGAGGCGAGUUUAGAGGUCAUUCUUUGGUUUCGUCUCCGACUACCUCCAGUGGAGUAUCUACAACCACCGAGGAAGACGAGGACAUGGCCAACUGUUUGAUUCUUUUGGCCCAAGGCGGCGGUUUCUCUUCACAAUCAGAGGAAGAAAUCAAGGAGGUGGAGAACAAAUUCAGUAGCCGGAAAUUGACGGAAAUGACCACCACCACCGCCGGAAAAGUGGGCAUCUACGUUUACGAGUGCAAGACUUGCAGCAGAGCGUUCCCGUCGUUUCAAGCAUUGGGCGGCCACAGGGCGAGUCACAAGAAGCCUAAGCCCACCACAGAUAUCGAUCAGAAAAACUCACCGCCGGACGAUCAACAACAUGAAGUAGAAGAAGGGGAAUCUUCUAAGCUCCACACUGUUCCUCCUCCUCCUCCUCCCCCACCUUCAACACAAUCGCCCAACAAAAAUUUCCACGUCGAUCAUCAGAUCAACAAGCCCAAAAUUCACGAGUGUUCGAUUUGUGGGUCUGAGUUUGCGUCGGGCCAAGCAUUGGGAGGCCACAUGAGAAGGCACAGGCCAGUGGCGAUGGCGACUAACAGCACUACUACUACUACUACUACUGCUACUAGAAGCGCUAACGAUUCCUCAUCGAAUGAUGUAAUUGGUGAGAAGACAAGAAACGUGUUGGCCUUGGAUCUCAACCUACCAGCGCCGGCGGAAGACGAGCGCCGUGACGCAAACUUCCACCAAUUUUCAUCCAAUCAGCAGCCCCGUCUCGUCUUCUCCGCCGCAGCGCCGCUGGUGGAUUGCCACUACUGAGCU